AUCAAACAUUUGUUUUGUUCUAGAGCUGAUACUUUCUGCCCAGGUACUGGACUCCUUUCAGCCCACUCAUCCCCAAGAGGAGUGGGGCAGGCUGUAUAUCACUUUGCUUAUGCAUUUUACUCAGACUAGAAUGUUUUCAAAGCAGCAUAGAGAAGGUAGUGUACUUCCACAAAUGUAAUUACUUUUACAAAAGACAUUAACAUUUAUGUUCCAGCCAUUUAACAGUUUCUUCUUAGAUAAAAAAUAUUUUAUUAUGCUUGCUUUUCAUGUUUAUUAGGACCCAUGAAUUUUUUCUCAUUAAUUUCUAGACAUUUAGCAUUGUCGUUUUAUGAGGAAGAAUAAGUGAACGUGACACAGUGUCUCGCAUCACUGAAAAAAAUGCUGCAGGAUUUGUUCAGUUCUUGUUUCUUGCACUGAUGCAAAUCAGAAGUGGUACAACUGUAACACAGCCACUUGGAUGUUGUCAGUAUAAAUCCAUUAAAGUGUAGAGAAUUAAACUUUUUUUUUGCAGCUUAUUUGGCAGAGUGCGACAAAAGGGAGAGCAGUCCAGAAAAAUAAAAAAAAAAAGUAAAAAAAAAAGUGACAGCCAUACUUUAAGCAUUUAUAAAUGAUAUAAUUAUACCCAGAUAUUAUUUUAAAUUUGUCAUGCAUUUCUUGAAGUCUAGGAGGUGGGAAUUACUUUUUCUUUCUUCUUUUUCCCCCUCCCCUUCUCUUCAUACUCUUUUCACAAAGUACUGGAGUAUUUACUGGAGCAAUUCAUUCAGUUAAAUCCUCUUUUUUCUCUUUCUUUUCGGGAUGUGGAGCUCUUUGCUGUCUCUGAAAACCACUUGUUCUUUCCAGCCGCUAGGAAGGUGUGAGUGAGACAAGUGCAAUGACCGAAACACCGGAAGGGAUUUCCCUGAUAAAAGCGGUCUACCAAUGCCGCCUUCGUCUCACUAGACUGUUGGUAGAGGGUGGUGCCUACAUCAACGAGAGCAAUGACAGAGGUGAAACCCCUUUAAUGGUUGCUUGUAGGACAAAACAUGCGGACGCCCAGAGUGUCAGCAAGGAAAAAAUAGUUAAAUACCUACUGGAAAACAAAGCUGAUCCGAAUAUACAGGACAAAUCUGGAAAGACAGCCUUGAUGCACGCUUGUAUGGAAAAAGCAGGCCCUGAAGUGGUAUCUCUGCUACUGAGCAAGGGAGCUGACCCAAGCCUGCAAGAUCACUCCAAUUGCUCUGCGCUUGUGUAUGCAAUAAACUCUGAAGACAGAGAGACCCUGGAAGUUCUUCUUAAUGCCUGCAGGGAGCAAGGAAAAGAAGUCAUCAUCAUCACAGUACACAAGUCCCUGUCGGGGAGGCUGAAAACAAAGCAGUACUUAAACAUGCCUCCUGAAGACUUCGAGGAAUGCUGUUCUCCAAUUGCUUGCACUUCCCCAUCGGAAAUAGAAUUGAAAACAUCUCUAUCCCCAGAUGCAAGUCCAAAUGAAACUAAAAAAGCAUUCUUCAGCUUUAAAGAGCUGGAUCCUCCUAGAUCCAGAAGGGUGGACAACUCAUCUCAAACAGUUUCACCGAUGAGAAAAUCCAGCUCAAGAAAAGUAGGGUCUCAGAUGGCACGAGUGCAGUGGCUACACUCUGAGCCUUGGAUAAAAAGCUCUCUGUCAAUGUUUCACCAGGAUAAAAUUGCCUCUUUACAAGAACUUCAGGCUGUUACUCCAGAAGAAGAAGAGGUUUCUUUUAAUAUCAGUGGCCUUGGCUCAUCAAACAGAUUCAUCACUAGGCACCAAAGUAUUGACAUAAAAGACACUCCUCAUUUAUUGAAAACCCUUGAUCAAACUGGAUCAAGUAAAUUAUCAGAUGAUGAGAUAAACUCCCAGACUCCUUAUGCUGAAGAGGAAUAUAACCCCAGUGGGAUUCCUGAGGGUAAGGAUGCCAUUUCGGGACAAAUCAGCUUUGUUUCAAACAUCAGAAGUAUUAUCCAGAAGACAAAUUUAGGAGCAAAUCACUGCAGCUCUGAUUCUCAGUUAACUACCAGUCUAAGUCCUGCUGCUGCAGAAGACAAUAAGUCAAUGAUAGGAAAGAAAAAGAUUCUUUCUCCAUCUCACUCUUUGUUACCAAGUUCUAGAGAAGAAGUGGAAAGCAUGCCUCUUGUUACUCUGAGCAGGAGAAAUCAAUCUUUGUUAGAAAGAUGGGAUUCAGGAGCCUUGUUGUUGGAUCAAGCUGCUCAGACAAGACCAGGUUUUCUUCCACCACUGAAUGUGAAUCCUUACCCCCCAAUUACAGAUACUGCUUUCAUGAACAGGGCUUCUGGGAUGAUUUCUUGUGGACACAAACACUUGGUACCAGCAGCACCUGCCUUCCCUAGGGAGACCGAAAAUAAGAAAACCUUACUAAGGAGGCAGUCAUUACAGAGUGAGCAGAUUAAGCAAUUAAUGAAUUUUUAACAGGGGAUUAAAAGGUAAAAAACCUGUUACAAUAUGUACAUAUUCACUGCACUACCUGAUUGUAAUUAUACAUACCACAAAAGAUAGCAGUUCUGUAAUGUAAGGCACUCUGCCUUGGAAUGAGUUAAAUAGCUUAGAGAGUACAUGAAAAGAUAUAGUGAACUAAUGAUGCUACUUUCUGCAAACUGAGGAAUAUGUGGUAUAUUGUUUUCAUAAUGUUUUCAAAUUCAUGUUGCAGAGCUGCGUUGCAUGCAUAGCUCUGCCCAGGGAAUUCCAGCUAAAGACUGUGAGCUUUCUUUAGCCGCCUGGCUGCCCACUGGAAGUCGGUGUGAUGCACAGAGCGCUGGAGAGCUCAAGUUCAGCACACGAUGCCUAGGAGCCAAGUCAAGAAGCCAGCACAGCGAGCAAGAAGUCCUGAAUAAUCUCAUGUAAAAUGACCAAACUCUGCUCUCAUUGACAAUUAGGCAUGUCAAUCAACUUGGGCUUCUCAGGCUAUUGGAUUGCUGGAAUCUGCUCAUUUAAAAAGAGGAAGAGUGGGGGGAGGCAGGGGCUGUAUCUGAACUAGGGUCCGUUACUUUAUGUAGUUCCAAACUCCCAAAAACCUGGAUGUUUCUGCUCAGUCACAAGCCUGGGUUUCUUUUCAAGAUAGGAUACAUCCAAAUGUUGUCUUGAUCAGCAAGGACACACGUGCUUGGGAACAAGGAAGAGCUCUGUGCUCCUGCUCAGACUGGUGGGCUGACCCAGGCUGGAGGCCGGGUGCCCCCAAAGCUGCUCUGUCACUGCCCUCCUCAGCUGGGCAGGGGGGAGAAAAUAUCAUGAGAGGCUGGUGGGUUGAGAUAAGGGCAGGGAGAGAUCACUCACCAGUUACCGUCACGGGAAAAACAGACUCCACUCAGGAAAAAAAAAAAAAAAUCUAAUUUAUCACCGAGCAAAUCAGAGCAGAGCGAUGAGAAAUACAGCCAAAGCUUAAAC